AGGAAGCAUCCUGGUGAUGUAAGAUACAUCAGCCUAUCCUGGCGUUUCACCCUCAGAACCUAUGAAUAGCUUGAGAGGCUGCGAGGCCGGGCAACGGAUACUGAGUGCAGUUGGAUCAAGUUAACACGGUUUGGUGUGGAACUGUUUGCAUGUCAUGCUUGCGACGUAGCUGUUUUAUGAUCACAACUUUGGCUUAUGUCAUGCCAGUCUCAGGCUGCCAUGGCUGACACAGUUGACAUUGAGUCUGAGCUUUGGCAUUUGGCGCUGAGUGCCCAAGAACUUGCGAGUCUACCAUCUGAGCCAAGCAUGGAGGUUCGAAAGGUGGCGGGACACUGCAUUUUGCUGGUGGCGGGACACGGUCAAUACCAUGCGCUGGAUGCUCGCUGCGGACAUCGUGGGGGGCCAUUAGAAGAAGGCGACUUGGAAGACUUGGAAGACUUGGAAGGUCUUUUGGUUCGGUGCCCUUGGCAUGGCAGACGCUACCGGGUCGACACCGGUUGUGAGGUGCUGCAAAGUGGGGAGACGCUUCCAACGCCCACGCAGCGCUGCCACAGCUUGCGCCUUGACAGCGACGGCGCCUUGCGUGUGCGACUGGCGCCCCGAGAUGAUCAUGUGGCCUCGGACGAGUUUGCUGCUAUCGAAGAUCCAAAGCCACCAGCUACAGCUGCGUCCUCGUUGCAGAUUUGGCUUGGUGACAAUCGCAAGGAGCCGACUGGCAAAGAGGAUUUCAUUUCCGACGAGUUUCUUUUCUAACCAGACGUGACUGUAACGGACGUUAUCUUUUGGAAGGAAACUGUUGGUGCGGUGUUUUUCCUGCUGGCUUUCGGCGGCUUGGAGGCGAUGGGUGCGAGUGAAGUGAUAUUUUGUUGAAU